AUGAAAAGUAUGGAAUUGCUUGAGGCGUUCAAAUAUUCAGUGAGAGGAAAGGAGGGAAAGGAGGGAAAGAAGGGAAAGGAGGGAAAGGAGGGAAAGGAGGGAAAGGAGGGAAAGGAGGGAAAGGAGGGAAAGGAGGGAAAGGAGGGAAAGGAGGGAAAGGAGGAGAAAGGAGGGAAAGGAGGAAAGGAGGGAAAGGAGGGAAAGGAGGGAAAGGAGGGAAAGGAGGGAAAGGAGGGAAAGGAGGGAAAAGGAGGGAAAGGAGGGAAAGGAGGGAAAGGAGGGAAAGGAGGGAAAGGAGGGAAAGGAUGGAAGAGGAGGGAAAGGAGGGAAAGGAGGGAAAGGAGGGAAAGGAGGGAAAGGAGGGAAAGGAGGGAAAGGAGGGAAAGGAGGAAAGGGAGGGAAAGGAGGGAAAGGAGGGAAAGGAGGGAAAGGAGGGAAAGGAGGGAAAGGAGGGAAAUGAGGGGAAAGGAGGGAAAUGAGGGAAAUGAGGGAAAGGAGGGAAAUGAGGGAAACGAGGGAAACCAGGGAAAUGAGGGAAAUAAGGGAAAGGAGGGAAAGGAGGGAAAGGAGGGAAAGGAGGAAAAGGAGGGAAAGGAGGGAAAGGAGGGAAAGGAGGGAAAGGAGGGAAAGGAAGGAAAGGAGGGAAAGGAGAGAAAUAAGGGAAAGGAGGGAAAUGAGGGAAAUGAGGGAAAUGAGGGAAAUGAGGGAAAGGGGGGAAAGGGGGGAAAGGGGGGAAAGGAGGGAAAUGAGGGAAAUGAGGGAAAGGAGGGAAAGGAGGGAAAGAAGGGAAAGGAGGGAAAGGAGGGAAAGGAGGGAAAGGAGGGAAAGGAGGGAAAGGAGGGAAAGGAGGGAAAGGAGGGAAAGGAGGGAAAGGAGGGAAAGGAGGGAAAUGAGGGAAAGGAGGGAAGGGAGGGAAAUGAGGGAAAGGAGGGAAAGGAUGGAAAGGAGGGAAAGGAGGGAAAGGAUGGAAAGGAGGGAAAGGAGGGAAAGGAGGGAAAGGAGGGAAAGGAGGGAAAGGAGGGAAAGGAGGGAAAGGAGGGAAAGGAGGGAAAGGAGGGAAAGGAGGGAAAGGAGGGAAAGGAGGGAAAGGAGGGAAAGGAGGGAAAGGAAGGAAAGGAGGGAAAGGAGGGAAAGGAGGGAAAGGAGAGAAAGGAGGGAAAGAAGGGAAAGGAGGAAAAGGAGGGAAAGGAGGGAAAGGAGGGAAAGGAGGGAAAGGAGGGAAAGGAGGGAAAGGAGGGAAAGGAGGGAAAGGAGGGAAAGGAGGGAAGGAGGGAAAGGAGGGAAAGGAUGGAAAGGAGGGAAUGGAGGGAAAGGAGGGAAUAG